AAGCUUUCAAUCUCAAGCAGUUCCUCCUCUUUUUUCUGAUUUCUCUCUCCCAAAGUUCUUAGCAAAAAAACAGAGACCCCUCAACCGAUCGAUGUUAUGUAUAAAUCUUCUUGCAAAAAAAACAGUCCAUCAGUAAACCAAUAACAUAACGGUCACCUCAGAACUCCGAGGCUCUCUCUAAGCAACCCCCCAUAAGAUUAGUUCAACUUCAACCCCAAGUCGCUGACAUGUUCUUUUCUCACCUCCCCUAAACUUUUGCUUCCAAAUCCCCCUUAAAUCUCAGCAGUUAGGUCAGAUUUCCACCUUCGGGAAUCCCGUUUCAUUAAACCCCUUCGAGCACUUGCAUGAAUCUUCCUGCUCUCUUCAGGUGGGAAGUCCAUUCCUCCCUGAAAAAUUCAACGUGGUAAUCAGAGCCUGCGUGAAACUCCUCUGUAUUUUUGCUUCAAACUGAGAUAAAGCGAUUGAUUUAUGGGUUUCUUCACUGAUGGGUGCCUUAAUCAUUUCUUUGCUAAAUACCCACUUUGAUUGGGAGAAUAUGGGUGCUUCUGGUGGGGAGUUUUACUCAAAGAUGGCUCUUUUUCCUAGACUUUUCACCCUCUCCGUCUCUUCCCUUUUGCUUGCUUUGUUAAGAUUUUUCAGCAAGUUCUUCCUCAAAGUCAGUUUUGGUAAUGGCGAGCGUUCUGGGAUGAACAAUUCUUGUCGUUCUCCUAACCCUCUUUCUGAAGAAACCAACCAAAUGGUAUUGAAUAAUAAUCUUGUUGAGACAGAAGCUCUACCCGGAAAAGUGGAUUGUUGUUCUGCUAGCCUUGUUUCUGAAGAAACCAAUCAAAUGGUAUCGAAUAAUCCGGUUGAGCCAGAAGCUCUGCCGGAGAGAGCUGAUUCCGAGAUUUCGAAGAGCGACGGAGAUUCGGAGCUGGGUGAUGCUGAUGGUGCGGAGGCCUCGAAGCCAAGUUUCGUGUUUAAAUUCGAGUACCAGACUAGAGAAAUAUUAAGCAGAAGCAAUAAAGAGUAUGAGUUUCUGGCUGACAAGUUGAACCUAUUCAAAGAAGAAGGACCAGAAUUCACAAGCAGCAGCAGCAGCAGAAAAUACGAAUUCAAAGCCGAAGAGAAUGUUAGUUGCUUCGUGGAAGAAGCUAAAGUUGCAACCUUUACUGUCGAAGAAGGAGGUGAUCAUGAAGAAAUUGCUCAUGAAUUUUCAGGCGGGGAAUGCGAGGAAGAUGAAGAGUCUGAUAAGAAAUCGGCGAUGGAAGAUGCUCGUUCGGACGAAGAGCUAAUGGGGAGCCUCGAAAGCGAUUCUGAUUGUGAGGAAGUUGAUUCUCAUGAAGUUAAUUUCUUGUCAGAGAAGGACUUUGGCUCCCCAAGUUUGGGGUUUUUGUCAGCAGAAGAUUUUGGGGAAAGGGAUGAACUUCCAAAUUUCGAUAUGGGGUACGAGUCUGAUUGUUUCGAGGAAGAAGAUGACGAUAUAAACGAACAAAUUCGAGAACUCCAAGAGUUGCCCAGCAGCUCGAAUCCGGUAGGGUUGAGUAGAAAGGACGAAAAGCCAAUUGAGGGUUCCGAAAAUGCUGAAAAACCCGAUGUUCGUAAUUCGGUAACCAAUGAUUCUGAGGAUUCAAACACAUUGGAAACAUUGUGGGAACACCAGGAAUUGAUGGAACAGUUGAAAAUGGAGCUCAAGAAAGUCAGAGCUACCGGUUUGCCUACCAUUCUCGAAGAAUCCGAGUCUCCGAAUAUGGAUGAUUUGAAACCAUGGAAGAUUGAUGAAAAAGCCCAUCAAGGUGAUAGAAUGGGAGAGCUUCAGACGUUCCACAGAAUUUACAGAGAGCGUAUGCGAAAAUUCGACAUUUUAAAUUACCAGAAGUUAUAUGCAAUAGGUUUCUUGCAGUCCAAGGAUCCACUUCAGUCGUUUCCGAGCUCCUCCAAAUCCUCAGCUCCGGCAAUCCCAUCCUUUCUCUCACAGAACUUUUGGAGAUGCAAACCGAAAAACGAUUCAGAUUCCGACCCAAUGGUGAAGUUUAUUAGAGAAUUGCAUAGUGAUUUAGAAGUGGUUUAUGUGGGGCAGCUGUGCCUUUCUUGGGAGAUCCUUCAAUGGCAGUAUGAGAAGGCCCUCAACCUAUGGGAUUCCGCUCCGUAUGGAAUGGGUUCGUACAAUGUGGUUGCCGGCGAGUUCCAACAGUUUCAAGUUCACUUGGUUAGAUUUGUAGAGAACGAAUGUUUUCAAGGGCCUAGGGUUGAAAAUUACGUCAAGAAUCGAUGCGUCAUGCGCCAUCUUCUUCAAGUUCCGGCGAUUAGAGGGGACAAUUUAAAGGAGAGGAAGAAAGCAAGAAGAAAGGGCAAAGACGGUGGUGCAAUUACAAGUGACAUUCUAGUAGAGAUACUCGAAGAAUCAAUACGGACAAUUUGGCGAUUCAUUCGAGCUGAUAAAUAUGCUAAUUGUACGCUUGCACAUCGAAGGAGAAGACAAGAAGAAGAGCUUGAAGAAUCGGAUCUAAAGCUUUUCACGGAGAUCCAAACAGAUCUUCACAAGAAAAACAUGAAGCUAAAAGAGAGACUGAGGAGUGGGAACUGCAUCCUAAAGAGAUUCAAAAAGCAUGAGGAUGAAGGCACAGAUCACCUCUACUUCUUCUCCCAAGUUGACAUGAAAUUGGUAGCUAGGGUUUUGAACAUGUCGAAUAUAACAACAGAGCAACUAGUGUGGUGUCACAGCAAGUUGAGCAAGAUAAAUUUUGUGAACCGAAAGCUUCGUGUAGAUCCUUCCAUCUUGCUAUUUCCAUGCUAGCAACAGUAGCAGUCACAUUUUUGUCUAACCAAAGUAAAUAUUAGGCUUCAAACUGCACAUUAUUGUUCAUAUUUUCUUGGCCAAGCGAUAUUCUAAUUCACAUUAAUUUAUGAGAAAAAGAUGAUGAACUUAAUAACAAAGGUGGGAACAAAUUGACCUGACUAACUGAUUCA